AUGGGGCCGUUGCGCUGGCAGGUAGCGGCCGCGGCGGCCGUGGGGCUCGCGCUGGCCAUGGAGGCGCUGCUCCCGGUGCUGCGCUGGCUGCUGGCGGCCCGCGCCAGUCUCGAGCUCUGCCUUUUUGCCUUCUCCAGCCCACAGCUGGGCCGUGCCGUGCAGCUGCUGCACCAGCGCGGCGUGCGCGUGCGGGUCGUCACUGACUGCGACUACAUGGCGCUCAACGGCUCGCAGAUCGGUCUGCUUCGCAAGGCAGGUAUUCAGGUUCGGCACGAUCAAGACUUGGGCUACAUGCACCACAAGUUUGCAAUCGUGGACAAGAAGGUGCUGAUCACUGGCUCACUCAACUGGACCACCCAAGCCAUCCAGAACAACAGAGAGAACGUUCUGAUUAUGGAGGAUGAGGAGUAUGUGAAGCUUUUUCUGGAAGAAUUUGAGCGUAUUUGGGAAGAGUUUAACCCUGCAAAGUAUACCUUUUUCCCACAAGAAAAGAAAACUCAAUGAAGCCGUGCUCUAAACUCUGCCUUCAGAGUAAGCAGGGCAAGUUGUUUCAAUGCUGGGUGCUUCUGGUACCUGCAGAGAAGGGUCUGAGCCAGCAUCCCCUGUAGAGCCACCCAAGUGUGGGGACAGCUCCAGCAUGGGCUCUGCCCCUUGGAAUGGGAGAAGGAGCCCAUCAGAAAAAAAUCAUUUAUACUAGAUCCUUGUUCAUUAAAGUCUUAAACUGAAUUACAGAAUGUUUGAGGUUUAAAAGGAAAGGGAGACUGCUGUUACAUCGAGUCAGUUGUUGUAGUGGCUUAUGAGUGAAACAAGAGAAAAAGGUCAUUGUGCUAGCCUGCUGAGCCAUUUGGACGGAGCCUUUUUGCUUUGUUCUUUGUUUUUCUCCACCCAGAAUAAACAGAGCGACAACUUUUUAUCAAGUGUGCUGUCAAGAAUCUUGCCUGGUGUCUUGGUUUAGGAAUGGAGGGUUUCUGUUUCUGCUGCUGCUUUAAUGGACACGGUAGGGUUGAAAAUGUAGGAUUCUUUUUUCUGAUUGUAGAACAUCUGCUGCUGAUUUUCAUCCAGUUCGGCCCUUUUGUUAUUUCCCUGAAAGUGUUUCCUUCUUCACCCUUUGGACCAGCAUUUUCGUCUUCUUGUGGAGCCAAACCCUUUAAAAACAAGAAUGUUCCUGGGACUGGUUAGAGGCUGACAGUCUCUUCAUCCCUGGUGUCACCAGAUCCUUGGUUGCUUAUUGGUAAGUCUGAGUUACAAGAGGGAAGAAGGAAGAGGAGGCCAGGAGGAAGAAAGGGGAGGAAGAGCCAGUGCAAGGGAGUGUGACACGUGGGUGUGUACUCACAUGGUGGGUGUGUUAGUCCCUCCAGACCACGGCACACUCAUCUGUCUUAGCAUCGGUUGCAACUACAACAGAAGGUCACACUCUUAGGAGGGUUUCCUUGCCUAAUUACUCUUUAAAGCAAACAUACAUGAAAAUGUUCAUCCUCGGAAGUGCACCUUCUGUUGUCACUCGGUAAAUUAUUGUGGUCUGUCAGUAAGAAAUGCAGGCAGCCUGAAGCUGCUUUCUGUUUCCACAUGUUAUGCUCUUAAUUUUUUUUUUUUAUCAUUCUCACAUCCAGAGUAAUUUUGUUGUGUGUUUGGAAGUGACCUAACUUGGACACCUGCAGACUAGCUAAUUCACUAUUUUGGCUCAGUGUGAGUAAUCAUGCAUUAUGGACUGUUUUGGAGGAAUAAAUCUGAGGAGCAGGAAAACAGUUUGAGGCUGCUGGUGCCUUAUAUGUCUGUCUGUUUCUAUUCCCAGCUUGGGGCUAUGCACCUCUUGGGUGCGGUGGAGCUCAGUUAACGGAGUGGUGUGCUAUUAGGUGCCUGGCAUGGCCCACCAGCAGUUUUCACAAAGGUUCUUGACGGUUUUUGCAUUACAGGUAUUUUGAAGAACAUGAAUCUUAAAUCCAUUUGUAGAAAUGUCCCAGGUUACUUUUUCACUAUGUGUAUCUGACACAUAGAUAGCUUGAAUAGCAUCUGGUUGAAUUAUUUUAACAUCUUGUUGUAUUUGUCUCUGUGUAGUCCAUGUGAACUAUCCUGAAGUCUGUUUGACACGUCUGUGGGCUCUGCCUUCCCCCACCUCACACCAACAUUAGCACCUAUGUGAUGUGUUUUCCCCCUUUUAAGUUACAGUUUUAGGCAAGUAAACUUGAAGUUAAUUUUUCUUAUUUAAUUGGAGCUGUAAAGUAUCCUACAUGGAUUGGAAAUCACAAAAAAAAAAAAGGUUUUAUACUAAAUGUGUUCUUUCAUCUGAGUCUGUGUACUCCAACAGUUUAUGUACUGAGAAGAAAAUGGGAGAAGUUAUAGACUGUGUCCUGAGUAAUGAAACAAUGUUAUCUUGAACUUCUGACUUAUUUGAAAAGAUGUGUUCUUGUUCUGUAAUGUUUAUGCUAUGUACCUUUACCUUAGCCCAUUGGUGAGCCAUUCAAAUAGUGGCUACCCUUUAUUAAAUAAAUAAAACUUUUUUUUGG